UCGGGCCGGCGCGGGGCGGUGGCGGCCAUGCAGGCGGCGGCGCAGGGCUCGAAGGCGGCGGCGCAGGAACUGGUGAAGUUCGUGAACCGCAGUCCGUCUCCGUACCACGUGGUGGCCGAAUGCCGCAGCCGGCUACUGCAGGCCGGCUUCCAGGAGCUGAAGGAGACGGAGCACUGGGACGUGCGGCCGGCGCAGAAGUACUUCAUCACCAGGAACUACUCCACCCUCAUCGCCUUUGCCGUCGGCGGCCAGUUCCAGCCCGGGAAUGGGUUCAGCCUGCUAGGAGCCCACACCGACAGCCCCUGCCUCAGGGUGAAGCGUCGCUCAAAGCGGGGACAGGUGGGCAUAGUGCAAGUCGGAGUGGAGACCUAUGGAGGGGGCAUCUGGAACACCUGGUUCGACCGUGACCUCACCGUGGCCGGGAGGGUGAUCAUAAAGGACCAAGCCACGGGGCGCCUGGAGCAUCGCCUGGUACGUGUGGAGCGGCCCAUCCUCCGCAUUCCUCACCUGGCCAUCCAUCUGCAGCGCAGCAUCAAUGAGAGCUUUGGGCCCAACACCGAGCACCACCUGGUUCCCAUUCUGGCCACUGCAGUGCAGGAGGAGCUGGAAAAGGAGGUGCUUAUGGAGUCCACACCUUGCAGUGCUGCGUCCCAGACAGAGCGGCACAGCCCUGUUCUGCUUUCCCUGAUCUGCCCCCAGCUGGGGGUGAAACCAGAGCAGAUUGUGGAGAUGGAGCUAUGCCUGGCAGAUACACAGCCAGCGACGCUGGGUGGUGCCUUCGAUGAGUUCAUCUUCUCCCCACGUCUGGACAACCUGCACAGCUGCUACUGCGCCUUGCAGGCCUUGAUUGACUCAUGUGCAGCACCCUCGUCCCUCUCCGAGGAGCCCAAUGUGCGUCUCAUCGCGCUCUAUGACAACGAGGAGGUAGGGUCAGAGAGUGCACAGGGUGCAGAGUCCUUGCUAACGGAGCUGGUGCUGCGCCGGAUCUCUGCGUCGCCGCACAACCUGACAGCCUUCGAGGAGGCAGUGGCCAAGUCCUACAUGAUCAGUGCUGAUAUGGCCCAUGCUGUGCACCCCAAUUAUGUGGACAAGCAUGAGGAGAAUCAUCGUCCAGCCUUCCACAAGGGCCCUGUCAUCAAGGUGAACAGCAACCAGCGCUACGCCUCCACAGCUGUCACUGAAGCUGUGAUCCGGGACAUUGCUGCCCGCGUGGGUGUCCCUCUGCAGGAGUUCAUGGUGCGCAACGACACACCCUGCGGCACCACCAUCGGCCCCAUCCUGGCCUCCCGCCUGGGGCUGCGUGUGCUGGACAUUGGCUGCCCCCAGCUGGCCAUGCACUCCAUCCGGGAGAUGUGCUGCACCUCGGGGGUGCUUCAGAGCAUCACCCUCUUCAAGGUGAGCCCUGUGUCCCCCCAUCCUGCGCUUAAGUUCACUCCCUGCUCCUCUACAUCUCCCACAUCCCCAUGUCCCCAACCAAUCCCUGCUUUGGGGCUGAACCCAGCCAUCCCACAGAGCUCCCCAGCUCUCUGGAGCAGCUCAGGUACUGGCUGCUUCCGGAGGUGCCCCCUCUCAUCCCAGCCUUCCCCAGUGACUGCCAUCCCUAAGUAGUUCCUAUGGCAACUGGUGCUAGCCUUGAGUCAGCGAUGAGUUACUAUGGCGACGUGGUCCUGCUCUCUGCAAGUAGCUGCCUGCUAUGACGCUGUGACUGGGAGAUGCUGCCUGCCCCCACUGCCUGUCCCCCCACCCUGCACCGCCUUGCUCAGCCCACCCUGACAGCCUCUCUUCUUCCAGGGCUUCUUCGAGCUCCUGCCGACGGUCAGCAGCAGCCUGGUGGUCGACUGAACAUGGUGGGGAGGGCGUAGCAGUGGGUUUAGUCCUGGGGCCAUUAAAGCAUUUCUGUCUCACCA